AUGGUGCUCUUGGCAACCAUCGACAUGUUCAACAACAUCGUUGCCAAGCUGCUGCCAACGCCGAGCAAGAUGCACUAUCUGUUCAAUUUGCGGGACAUCUCCAAGAUAUUCCAGGGCCUGUUGCGUAGUAACAAGGACUAUCAGAACACGAAGCCCCGGUUCCUCCGCCUCUGGAUCCACGAGUGCUUCAGGGUUUUCGGUGACCGUCUGACCGAGGAGAAAGACCGCGAUUGGUUCAUGAACCACAUGGGCGAUAUUUUGGGCAAACACUUCGAGCUGACCUUCCACGCCCUCUGUCCCUCGAAGAGUCCGCCCCUCUUUGGCCACUUCCUCAACCCCUUCGAAGUGUAUGACGAUAUGAACGACCCUGAAGCCUUGAGGAAGUACAUCGCGAACCAGCUGGAGGAGUACAACAGCAGCCCGGGCGUGGUCAAGAUGGACCUGGUGCUGUUCAAGGACGCCAUCGAGCACGUGUGCCGCAUCGCGCGCGUCAUCUCGCAGCCGAGGGGCAACAUGCUGUGCGUCGGGAUCGGCGGUUCCGGGCGGCAGAGUUUGACGCGUCUGGCGUCUUAUAUCUGCGAAUGUAACUCCUUCCAAAUCGUGGUCACAAAGACGUACGGCGUCAAGGAUUUCCGUGAGGAUCUGAAGGUUCUGUACACGAGCUGCGGCGUCGACUCCAAGAAGACCACAUUCAUAUUCAACGACACGCAAAUAGUCGAGGAAAGCUUCACCGAGAUCAUGAACAACUUGCUCAGCAGCGGGGAGAUCACCAACUUGUACAAACCGGACGAGUUUGAGGAUAUCAAGCAGGCUUUGGAGAAGCCGAUGAAGGCGGCGAACGUUCUGCAGACGAACGAAUCCGUCUACCUGUUCCUGGUGGACAGGGUGCGAGGCAACCUUCGGAUCGUCCUCUGCUUCAGCCCCAUCGGGGAGGAGUUUCGUAAUCGCAUCCGCCAAUAUCCUGCCCUGAUCAACGCCACCACCACGAACUGGUUCCUGGAAUGGCCGCGGGAGGCGCUGCUGGAAGUUGCCUACAAGUUCCUUGAGGGCGUGGAGCUGCUUGCCUCAAUCACAGGACAAAGGGUGAAGCGCAAGGAGUCGCUGGUGGAGAGCCGCGAGGAGGUGCUGCGCGCGUCGGUGGCCUCCAUCAUGUCGCUGGUGCACUCUUCCGUGGGCAGCCACUCGGCGCGGAUGUGGCGCGAGAUGCGCCGCGCCAACCACGUCACGCCCACCAACUACCUGGAGCUCGUCUCCGGCUACAAGGAGAUGCUCAAGAAUAAAAGGGCCGAAGUGGCGCUGCAGGCAAACAAGCUCAGGAACGGUCUGGGAAAAGUGGAGGAAACCACUAAGCUGGUGGGUCAGAUGUCCGAAGAGUUGGCUACGGCUAAGGUGCAAGUGGCGGAGUACACGGAGCAGUGCGUGGAGUACAUGGGCGUGAUAAACGUCCAGCAGCGCAACGCGGACGAGCAGCAGCGCAGCGUGGCGGCGCGCAGCAAGCGCACCAUGGAGGAGGAGGUGCAGUGCAAGCGGCUGGCCGACGCCGCCAUGCGCGACCUGGCCAGCGCCAUGCCCGCGCUCGAGGAGGCCAUCAAGGUGGGUGGCUGCCUCUGGCAGAAGGAGAUGGAGAUGGAGAUGGAACUGUUCACAAAGGACGGUCUGCCGCUACACAGUUCUGAGGCUUUGGACGCCCUGAACAAGAAGGACAUCACGGAGGUGAAAUCCUAUCCGAAGCCCCCGCAAAAGGUCGAGAUGGUCAUGGAGGCUGUGUUGAUUCUGCUGCAGAAGGAGCCCACGUGGGCGGAGGCGAAACGCCAGCUGGGAGACCAGUACUUUCUGGACCGGCUCCGCGACUUCGACAAGGACAACAUCUCGGACAAGACGCUGAAGAAGAUCGGCACCUACACCGCGAAGCCGGACUUUGAGCCCGAGAUUGUGGGCACGGUGUCGCUGGCGGCCAAGUCGCUGUGCCUCUGGGUGCGCGCCAUCGAGAAGUACGGCAAGGUCUAUAAGAUCGUGAAACCGAAGAAGGAGCGUCUCGAGGAGGCGCUGGAGUCGUUGCGGAUGAAGCAGCAGAUCCUGGCCGAGGCGCGGGCGAAGCUGAAGGAGCUGAGCGAGAUGAUAGCCCGCUUACAGAAGGAGUACGACGAGAAACUGGCCCAGAAGGAGGAGCUGGAGAGGAAGUCGAAGAUGCUGCAGCUGAAACUGGAGAGGGCGGAGGCCCUCAUAACUGGGCUGUCUGGCGAGAGGGAGCGAUGGGAGAAGACGGUGGAGCGGCUGGACCACGAGUUCGACAACCUGCCGGGCGACUGCCUGAUCGCGACGGCCUUCGUGGCCUACCUGGGCCCCUUCGUCUCGGAGUACCGCGAGGAGCUCAUGGACGAGUGGUUCCGCGAGGUUUACAACGAGUCCGUACCGGUGACUAUGGACUUGAGCAUGAAGAAUUUCCUCCUCGACGAUGCCACACUCAGGGAUUGGAACUAUAUGGGUCUACCUGACGACAACUUCAGCGCGGAGAACGGCAUAAUCGUCCGGCGCGCCACGCGCUGGCCCCUGGCCGUGGACCCCCAGGGCCAGGCCCUCAUUUGGAUCUCGAGGCUGGAGGAGAAGAACGACAUUCAGAUCGUGGACUUCGGCCAGCCGAACUACCUGAAGAUAAUGGAGUCGUGCCUGUCGGGAGGCAAGCCGAUACUGAUACAGAACGUGGGCGAGGUGCUGGACCCGUCGAUCGCGCCCAUUCUGGACAAGGCGGUGGUGAGGAUCGGCUCCGCGCUAGUCAUCAAGUUCAACGAGAAGAUGGUGCCCUACGACACCAGUUUCCAGCUGUACCUCACUACGAAGCUGGGCAACCCGAUAUACACGCCCGAGGUGCUGACCAAGACGACCAUGGUGAACUUCGCGGUGAAGGAGCAGGGCCUCACCGCCCAGCUGCUGGGCAUCGUGGUGCGGAAGGAGAAGCCGCAGCUCGAGCAGAUGAAGGACACGCUGGUGCUGAACAUCGCCAGGGACAAGAAAGUUCUGGUGGACCUGGAGAACGACCUGCUUCGCAUCAUGUACGAGUCGCAGGUGCCGCUGCUGGAGAACGAGGAGCUGUUCCUGACGCUGCAGAUCUCGCAGCGCACCUCGCUGCAGGUCAAGGAGGCGCUGCUCACCUCGCAGGAGACGGAGAAGGAGAUCGACGGCGCGAGACAGGGCUACGUGCCAGUGGCGGUGCGCGCUUCGGUGCUGUUCUUCGCGCUGAACGACCUGUCCAGGAUCGACCCCAUGUACCAGUUCUCGCUGGACGCCUACAUCGAGCUGUUCAUGUACUCCAUCGACCGCAGCCAGAAGAGCAGCGAGCUGGAGGAGCGGAUCAACUAUCUGAACGAGUUUCACACAUACGCCGUGUACAAGAACACGUGCCGCGCCCUGUUCGAGCGGCACAAGCUGCUGCUCUCGUUCCACAUGGCGUCGAGGAUCCUCUUCCAGGCCGGCAAGCUGAACAUGAACGAGUACCUCUACCUGCUCAAGGGCGGCGUCGUGCUGGACCGCUCCGAGCAGCCCGACAAUCCUACCAACUGGAUACCGGACGAGUGCUGGGACAACAUCACGGAGCUGGACAAGAUCGCCGGCUUCCACGGGCUCGUGGACUCGUUCGAGGUGAUGUCCAAGGAGUGGCGCGAGUGGUACCUCACCGCCGAGCCGGAGAGCCAGCCGCUCGUCGGCGAGUGGAACGAGAUGUGCAGCGAGUUCCAGCGCAUGCUGGUGGUGCGCGCGCUGCGCACGGACCGCGUGGGCGCGUGCGCCGCCGCCUUCGUGCUGCGCGCGCUCGGCCCGCGCUACGUCGAGCCGCCAGUGCUCGACAUCAAGGCCGCCUGGGAGGAGUCGUCGUGGAAGACGUCGCUGCUGUUCGUGCUCUCCCCCGGCGUGGACCCCACCUCGGCGCUCAUCCAGCUGGCCAUCGACGUCAAGAUGUUCGACAAGUUCCAGUCGCUCAGUCUGGGCCAAGGCCAGGCGCCGGCGGCGACAAAGAUGCUGACGCAGGCCAUGGCGGAGGGCGGCUGGGUGUUCCUCGCCAACUGCCACCUGGCCUGCGAGUGGCUGGGCGCGCUGCGGGGCCUGGACAGCCCCAGCAUCCACCACCGCUUCAGGCUCUGGCUCUCCUCCAUGCCCGACGACAAGUUCCCCCUGAGCAUGCUGCAGAGGAGCAUCAAGAUGACCACGGAGCCCCCUCAGGGCCUCAAGGGCAACCUGGUGCGUCUGUUCGCCAACCUCAACGAGGACAAGUUCGACGAGGCCACGCCCAAGUAUCGCAGGCUGCUGUUUUGCGUGGCCUUCUUCCACUGCACGCUCAUCGCGCGCAAACGGUUCCGCCAGCUGGGCUACAACGCCGUCUACAGUUUCAACGAUGCGGACUUCGAAGUGUCGGACAACCUGCUGGCCAACUACCUCGAGGAGUACGACGAGGUGCCGUGGGCGGCGCUCCGCUACCUGCUGGCCGUAAUCAACUACGGCGGCCACAUCACCGACGACUGGGACAAGCGCGUGCUGCUCGCAUACAUCAACCAGUUCUUCUGCGAGGAGGCGCACGACGUGCCCUUCUACAGGCUGUCGAGCAUGCCGGCGUACCACGUGCCGCGCGACGGCAGCCUGGAGUCGUACCGCGACUUCCUGGAGCUGCUGCCGGCGGCCGAGCGCGCAGACUCGCUGGGCCAGCACAGCUCGGCCGACGUGGCGGCGCUAGCCCAGGAUGCGUCCAUCAUGUGCUCCACACUGUUUGCCCUAACUUCGUCCGGUAGCGGUGGGGCGGCCGGCGGCGAAGAUCAAAAGGUGGACGAGCUGGCGUCCGAGAUGCUGCACCGGCUGCCGAGCAAGGUGGACAUGGAGACGACGGAGAGGAUGAUGGGGCCGGAGAUCGUGAUGCCGAUGUGCGUCUCGCUGCUGCAGGAGAUCGGCUACUUCAACGCGCUGGUCGGCGAGAUCACGUCGGGGCUGAAGGAACUGCGUCGAGCUAUUGAAGGUCUCGUGGUGAUGUCGGAAAUAUUGGAAAUAAUGUACACUUGCAUCUACGAAGGCAGAGUUCCCUCCUUCUGGCAAAGAGACAACCGCGAGGGCGGAGAGCUGGCCCAUCGACACCCUGUGCUGGGAAUUCACCGUGAUGACCCUCGAGGAGACGAGCAUCGUGCGCCCGCCGAGGGACGGCGGAGUCUACAUCAGGUGCUGCCGAAGCCGAAGUUGAAAUAUCUCAAAAACCGCUACACGUGCCCGUGCUACUACUACCUGCUGCGCAAGGGCGCCUUCGUGGUGGCGGUGGAGCUGGCCUCGGGGAAGGAGAGCGCCGAUUUCUGGGUGAAGAGGGGCACAGCCCUGCUGUGCACCCUCGCUUCC